AUGUCGCAGUGGCCGGGCGGGACGGCGGCGGCCGGCGCGGGGCUGGAGCGGGCGGCCAAGCCCGGAGCGGCGGAGAGCGGGGCCCGGAGCGCCGGGAAAGGGCAGCUGAUGUCCCUGCCGAGCCCUGCAUGGCCCCAGCGGGACGAGCCCUCCCCCUGCGGCACCACCGGGGGUCUCCCCCCGGCCUCGUCCGACAGCGACUCCGGCUGUGCCCUGGAAGAGUACCUGGAGCCCCCCGAGGUCCCGCCGUGCUUCGGGCCCCGCUCGCCCCCGCCGGGCUCUCCCUCAGAGCGGAGCCGGCUCCGCGCCAGAGCGCUCCUGCAGCAGCUGCCGCCUCAGGACUGCGAUGAGCGGUACUGCCCCGGCCUGGCCGAGGAGGAGCGGCGCCAGCUCCGCGCCUUCAGCGCCCGCCGCAGACAGGAGGCUCUGGGACAGGGCCUGGCGUGUCCCGUGCCGGGUCCCUGCCACGGCUGUCCCUGCAGGAAGUGCGGCCGGAGGCUCAACAAAGGGGACCCGGGGAUUUCAGCGUCUCGCCUGGGGGACCAGUUCUGGCACCCGUCCUGCUUCUCCUGCCACUUCUGCCACCAGCAGCUGGUGGAUCUCAUCUACUUCCAGCAGGAUGGGAGGAUCUACUGCGGCCGGCACCACGCCGAGCUCUUCCGACCCCGCUGUGCCUCCUGCGACCAGCUGAUCUUCAUGGAGGAGUGCAUCGAGGCCGAGGGCCGGCGCUGGCACCUGGAGCACUUCUGCUGCCUGGAGUGCGACGAGCCCCUGCGCGGGCAGCGCUACGUGAUGCGCAGCGGCCGGCCCUGCUGCCGGGGCUGCUUCGAGAGCCUCUUUGCCGAGCCCUGCCAGGCGUGCGGGGACCCCAUCGGUGCUGACAGCGAGGAGGUCACGCACCAAGGGCUGCACUGGCACGCCCGAGCCGCCUGCUUCUGCUGCAGCCUGUGCCGGGCACCGCUGCGGGGACAGCCCCUCACCUGCCGCCGCGGCCGCCUCUUCUGCUCCGACACCUGCAGCCGCGGCCAGGACGCCUCUUCCACCGCCUCCGACUCCUCCGACUCGGCUUUCGCCUCCGCUCCUUCCCCCGACUCCACGCCCCUGCCCCGAGCCGGAGCGGCCGGCAGGAGCUCGGCAGCGGGGGGCUGCAGGCAGCGCGGGGAAGGGGAUGAGGCGUUUUCGGAUCAGGCCCCAGUGCACCCGGCCUUCAGGAGCCCCGAGGAUCUCGGAGCAGCCACACGGGAGCAGAGCAGCGACGCUGCCAAGGAGCACCCAGGGAUGCUGGCACCCCCAGUUGGCCACCCCUCGGCCCCCCAGCCUGGCCCAGAGCGGCCCAACGAGCCCAGAGCCUUGGGCCACUCGCUUUUGGGGGCCCCUGAACCCCGGAGAGCUGCAGGCAAUGGAAAUCCACAGUUCCAAGCGGGCACCUCCCCUCCCCGACACAGCCCCCGGGCAGAGGAUGGCACGGAGGAGGACGACUCCUGGUGUCCCACCUGCUCCUCAUCUUCGGACUCAGACUCGGAGGAGGAGGGUUUCUUUUUCGGGAAGCCCAUCCCCAAGCCCGGGAUGAAUUCCCUGGGCAGGGAGCCCCCGGGGAGGGGCAGCAGGACGGCCAAGCACUGCAGCGUGUCCUAACAGCGGGUCUGGGGUCCCCGAGUGGCAGUGCCAGGUCCUGCCACGGCCCCAACACGUUCCAAGCACAUCCUGGAGGUGGCCCAAGGCUGGUGGGAGAAGCUGCUGGGAUCCUUGCCCCCGGCAGCUGCUGGCAGAGCAGAGCCUGAAGUUCCUGCCAGCCUCUCCUGUGAUUAGGAACAGGUAAAGCAGGAUGAGAGCAGGGCUGGGCCGGCCUCGGAGAGCAGCUGAGCUCCAGACAAGGGCAGCUGCCUGCAUCCCCCCACUGCUGGGGACCACCUGGGAUCCUUCCCUGGACUGCUCUGUGCCCCAGUGCCACCUGCUCUCCAUCCCUGGUGGCACCGUGUCCUGCUGCCACCACGGGGAGGGGACUGGGGCACAGCUUUGCUGCCGCCAGUGACGAAGCUCCAAUAAA